AUGGCUAAAAAAUCGGAAAAUGUCGGUGGGAAACUGGUGACGGUGUCGGUCGUUGGGCUUUCAGGCACUGAAAAGGAAAAAGGACAGCUUGGAGUGGGCAAGUCGUGCCUCUGCAAUAGGUUCGUUCGAACAAACGCUGACGAUUAUAAUGUUGAUCAUAUUUCCGUUUUGAGUCAGUCGGACUUCAGCGGUCGAGUGGUGAACAACGACCACUUUUUGUACUGGGGCGGCGUACAGAAGGAGAAUGACGACCAGGAAUAUCGCUUCGAGGUGAUAGAGCAGACAGAGUUUGUCGACGAUGCGUGCUUCCAGCCGUUUAAAGUUGGCAAAACAGAGCCAUACGUAAAGCGAUGCGUAGCUACGAAGAUACAGUCGGCAGAGAAACUAAUGUACGUUUGCAAGAACCAGCUGGGCAUCGAGAAGGAGUACGAGCAAAGACUGAUGCCGGACGGUAAGAUGACGGUGGAUGGCUUCAUGUGCGUCUAUGAUGUCAGUCUGGUUCCGGGGAGGACGUGGGAGAAACAGAACGAAAUUACGGCGGCAAUCCUCCAAAACAUUCUCAAGCUCAAAAAGCCUGUAGUUCUUGUUACCUCUAAGAAUGAUGAAAGCUGUGAGCAAGGCGUGAGAGAAGCGGAAAGACUGGUGCAGAGGAAAGAGUUCAAAGGCAGCAUACCCAUAGUGGAAACGUCCAGUCAUGAUAAUGUCAACGUUGACCAGGCUUUCUUCUUGUUGGCUCAAAUGAUUGAUAAGACCAAGGCGAGGAUAAAGGUGGCUAACUAUGCGGAAGCUUUGAGAAUAAGAAGAGAGACAUUGGACUUCGUAACUGAAGCUUUUACGCAGUUGAUUCGAAUACAUGUCCAGGAUCAUAAGGAGAUGUGGUCAGCAGCUAGCAAAAGAUUAAGCCACUUUCCAGAAUGGAUCAAGUUCGUUCAGCAGUUUGGCAAUGAUGGGACUCAGGUUGUGUACCGUCGUCAUAUCCGACGUCUGAAAGAAGAGCGUUCAGCGAAGAAGCUUCGUAAGCAGCUCGCGAAGUUGCCUCAAGCACUCUCUCGUAUGAACCUGCCAACUGAAGAUUUACAGGAAAGCGACUGGGCGAUGGUGGUGCGGCAGCUGCGUACGCACCGCGACUUCCCGGUGUACUUCAGCGAGGGCCGCACGCGUGACUCGGGCUCAGGCUCGGGCUCCGAGCUGGACAGCCCGCUCGCCACCGACGCCACGCUGCGCCUCGGCGAUCGCGUGCGCUACCAGACCCUGGGACAAUCUCAGAAGAUACCUUAUGAGAUAUUAGAGACGAAUGAAGCCGCGGCUGUAUUUAAGACAUUCCUUCACGAGGCGCAAGAAGAGCAGAGGAAUUAUGAAUGGUGUCAACAAUUCAAGCGUUUACUAGAAGAGACCGGGUAUGUAACCCCGGGGAAGCAGUUGUCAGAGGUGCGGGUGUUGCUAAUGGGCAGGGAGUGCUACGAGGCUUUAACGGAGGAGCAACAGCAAAGAGUCUAUGAUCAACACCAGAGACAGAUACAACGAAGAGCUAAGCAUAAUUUGCAGGAACUCCUGCUAGAACAUGCAGAUCUGUUCUAUCACUUCAAAAGUAUAUCUCCAACUGGUACAAUAACCCAAGAAGAUAUUAAGGAAAUCACUGAUGUACUGCAAGAUGAUUUUAGGUAUAAGAUGCUUGAUCGCAUGGAGCAAGAUAGAAAAUUGAUGCUGUUUCAACAUUUGGGCUUCGUCCACUGUCCAAUGCGGGAGCAUUGUCCCGCUGGUUCAAAUUGUUUGGAUGCUACUCUACCUGUCAUACUUAAUACUAGGGUUGGAUCUUUGACGUCUGGCAGCGAGUCACAGUGUCAAGCUGGGCCCCCUGCAGCACCAUGGGCACUUACUACCGACUCCAAUCAGAUCAAUGUUAUCAUUUUGGGGUAUCGUAGUAUAAUGUCCUAUUCACAUACACACGCACCUGAAACGACGCCGUGCCGUGCUAAUACAGUUACGUGCGUCGCUCGUGCUUGUCUCCUGUCUGCAUAUAAAAUGAGGUUCAACACAUAA